AGAGGUGUGUGUUCCCAUGGAUGAUUCAAGCCUGCCCAGUGUUGAUGUAGACAAAGGCUUUGCCAUUGCCUUUGUUGUUCUCCUGUUUCUCUUCCUAAUAGUGAUGAUUUUUCGGUGUGCCAAGUUGGUGAAGAAUCCCUAUGAGGCCAGCUCUACAGCUACGGAACCAUCUCUGAGCUGAAGUGUGAAAAAACCUGAUAGACUUCCCUUCACAGGAGAUUUGAAAUCUCUUACACAGACAUUUAUGAAACAGACUGUUUAUUACUCAACCUCCUAUUUCUCAGCCUCCUCCCCCUUGCAUUCCAAAAUAGGCACAUGAGGGUGAGUUGAGAAUAAUAAUAGGGAUGAAACACAAGCUAGUGUGUAUCAUUCUAUUCAGGGAAAUAGCUACCAAAGCGGAGCAGAGACAGGUUGAACUUAUCUUUUAAAAUAAAGCCAUGAGGGCCUUCCCCAAUGGCUCAAUGGUAAAGAAUCAGCCUGCUAAUGCAGAAGAGGUGGGUUUGACCCCUGGUCUGUGAAGAUCCCACA